AUCCUCACUUAGCAGUGCUCUACUACAUCACAACUACUUGACCUUUUGCAGCUUACGCUCAGUAAACAGUUGCAUUGUCAACAAUGCAAGGGCUCACAGCAUCUUCCCAGCUGUCACUGGCCGUCGUGUUCGCGGUGUUUCUGCUGGGCUCGGCGGACGCCGCCCACGGCCUGACGAGGGUCGUCUCCAGCAGCUCUGACGAGCCCUGCAACGAGAUGACGCUCUAUUACCACGACAUCCUCUACAACGGCGUCAACAACACGCGGAACGCGACGUCGGCCGCAGCCACCAAGCCCACGGCGCUGAGCACAACCCACUGGAAGAAUGGCACCUACUUCGGCACUCUCGUGGUGUUCAACGACCCCAUGACAGUGGGGAAGGCGCUACCCGUGGCGGGGGAGGAGCCCGCGGCGCGCGCCCAGGGCUUCUACUUCUACGACAAGCAGGAGUCUUACACCUCGUGGUUUGGCUUCUCCAUUGUCUUCAACUCCACGGCGCACAAGGGCACCAUGAACCUCGUCGGCGCGGACCUCAUGGACGACAAGACGCGGGACCUCUCCGUCGUCGGCGGCACCGGCGACUUCUUCAUGGCGCGCGGCAUCGCCACGCUCCGUCUCGAUGCCUCCGAGGGAACCGUCUACUUCCGUCUGCAGAUGGACAUCAAGCUCUACGAGUGCUAUGUUUGACGAAUUAGGGUGACACAUCCAUUGACGGUGUGUGUCAAUAAGGAUGCUGUUGUUUUCUAUGCUCUUCGAUUUAUCUUCGUGUGUGAGGGCCGGUUUGUGUGUCAUUGUCGCAUACGUUGAUAAGUAUGCGAAAUGCACUGUAUUUUUAUUCGUCUUUACUGUUUACUGUGUAAGUGUUAGUUUAGGGGAGGUAUCUCUUCUACAUAUUGUCUAAAAGAAGAUUUCUAAGUGUUGGUGUUAUUUCAAUCCACAGUAUCAGCCUUUUAUUUUUUUCCGGAAUGCAAGGAAAAACCCUACAAAUGCCAUCUUACUGUUGAGGAAGUACAAUAAACUUGAAGAUUUUGUUAGUAUAUUAACUAGCACAGCCGCCUGCACAGUCUAUGAACAUCACCAUCAGCAAUGUAGAACAAUAGGUGCAUAUCCGUCAUAGCUACGUAAAUAUUCACUAUGAAAGAAUCAUAUGGCCAUAAAGGUGUGAACUGUAGCAUAUGAACGUGAAUAGUGCUUAAAUAAUAUUUUGUAUAGCUUUGAGCCAAGUUUUCCCUAACAUGAUAAGAAAAAAAAAGCAAAUAAAAAACCCACAAGGUUGAAAUUCACAAGAAGCAAAUGGUCCCCUAAACAGUUACCGGAACAGAUAAUUCUACCGAGAAAUUAGUUUCUUUGUCUUCCAAACGUAGGGUAUAUCAUAUAUUGUCGGGUAGACAUUAUAGGUUGUAUCUAUCUAUAAUCAAACCAUCAGGGUGAAAGGCAAUUUUGCUUCCCACAUAGCGAGCACGUAGAACUGCACACACCAGUCAGUUGCUCUUAUACCAUGUAGAACUGCACACACCAAUCAAUUCGUGCAAAAGCAUGCUGAUGAGGAAAGGUGGGCUAUGCAUUUAUGCGUCAACAUACCACAUCAGGAAUAGAGAAAAAGAAUCAAACCUAAGGGAGUUCAAAGUAAUCAAGAUUUAUGGACCAGAAGCAAAUGGGGUAGCAUUCGUGUAGACAGUGCACCGUUCUAAACGAUGGCUCGAGAACCAACUGUACAUACGAAGGGAUAUUGGAAAGGACAUGCUAGUAUCGUGACCAGGAGCUGCUACAUCUUCGCCGGCAAGGAGGAGCUGCGUCCAUCUCGGGACAUUGCACCUUUGGAAUGAUAGAAGUACUGUGCUCAAGUAGUUAUGUUCUCAUGCCACGUGAUUUCCACUAUCAUGCUAAUCUCAUCCUUCACCAAAAUUCAUGGCAACAUGAUAGACUAGCUAGCAGCGACGAACUAUAAAUCUACGCCCCCAUUGGUAUUCUCACACGGUAUUGGCAUGUUCUAUUGUAUCAUAUUUUUUAAUCAAAAGUAAGAGGAUGUGAUUUAUAAGUGUGUUCUAUUACCUGGCAUGUACUUCUCUACAUGCAUCAACAAAAAUAUUCUCCAUCUUGCCAACUUAAUACGAAAUUUAGAUAAUUGGGAAUAGAAGAAGAUACAAUAGCCUGCUUGCUUCUUAUUUAUGUUGAGAAUUUCUCAAAGGUGCUGGCCAACUUGGAAUUCUUUUAUCAUAUGCCAUGUUAUAAAUAUACAGUUGUGAUUUCCUCUUAUAUUUUUUCAUCCUAUCAACUUAAAGAAAAAAGGAAACAAAAAACAAGACAUUUUGUUAUUUUUAAGUUUUUGUUACAAGGCUGCGGCACUUAUCAUGAUGUUAACAUAGAUGAAUCUUUAGAGUACAACAAUAGAGAUAUAUCAUGAUCCAAACUUUUCUAUACUGAGGCAUGGUGACUGAAACUUUUAAUCUUCCUCUUUGUAGUAUUCCCGCAAUCGAAUGUACUUACGUUCACAUCUAAUUAUCAUACAAAUAUACGCAAUACAAAAUUUUAUGUAGCCAAGACCAAAGACCU